AUGCGACCGGUGCUGGCGGCGUGGCUGGUCCUGAGCCUGCUGGCAGGGACAGGGGCCGAGGAGCAGUGCGGGGACCCCCCCGCCGCCCCAGCCCGCUCCAUCGCAGCGCCCCAGCUCAGCCCCGAGGAGCGGCUUUCGCCCCACAUGCCCGAAGCCCUGCGCUGCGACGCCUGCCACGCCAUCGCCUUCCAGAUUGAGCAGCAGCUGCACAAGGCAGAGGCAAAGAUGGGCAGGAAAGCGCUGAGCGAAUCCGACUACUUGGAGGUGCUGGAGAGGAGCUGCUCAACGAGCUGGGAGAGCUACGGGGUGCAGGAGCUGGAUGGGGUGAAGCGGCUGACGGGGCCAGGGCUGCUGAGACAGGAGCCCAUGAGCGUGAUGGUGACAGGGGGACCCUGGCCGAGACGGCUGUCAAAGAUGUGCCUUGGCUCCCUGGGCGAGUGGGGCGAGGCGCAGAUCUACGAAGCCCACCGGCGGGGCGCGGGCACCCUGCGGGAGCUGCUUUGCCAUGGGGAGAAGGGGCCCUGUGCCAGCGGCAAGGCCGGGGGGCCAGCCCCAGCCAAGGCGCUGCAGAACGAGCUGUAGCCCCGCGGCGGUUAAUGCUUAAUGCCCCGCUGACCUUCGGAGCCGACUUCGUCCCCAGAGAC